CCUACAACACACUUUCCAUCUUUCCAUUUCCGCACUCAACCUCAGCAUUAUGGCACCAAAAAAAGUAGAACCCAAGAAGCCAGAUCCCAAAAAACCAGAGCCGAAGAAAGAAGAGGCCCCGGCUCCUGCUCCAGCUCCAGUUCCAGAGACACCCAAAGAGCCUGAGAUAGACCUGAAGAGCAUCCCGCUGGAAUUCACUGCUGACCAGAUUGAAGAGUUCAGAGAUGCCUUUACUCUCUUUGAUGAAACUCCAACAGGGGAGUUGAAGAUCAGGUAUGGCCAGUGUGGAGAUGUGAUGAGGGCUCUGGGACACAACCCUACCAAUGCUGAUGUGCUGACCGUUCUGGGAAAGCCAAAGGCAGAAGAUAUGAACACCAAAUACCUGGACUUUGAGACUUUUCUGCCUAUGCUGCAGCAUAUCUCAAGGGCAAAAGACCAGGGGAAUUUUGAAGACUUUGUUGAGGGCCUGAGAGUCUUUGAUAAAGAAGGGAAUGGAACAGUGAUGGGUGCUGAGCUUCGUCAUGUCUUGGCAACUCUUGGGGAGAAAAUGACAGAAGAUGAGGUGGACCGUCUGAUGGCUGGACAAGAAGACGCCAAUGGCUGCAUUAACUACACAUCCUUCAUCAAGCACAUCCUCUCUGGGUGAGCUGAAGCAUGCAAAGGUUGCUUUAUGAGAAUGGAACUCUAAAUGGCAACAGUCAAAACACUGGAAAGAAAAUAUGUCUUGUCUGUAUGUCUUGGACACCAUCAAAUAAAAACCAUCCAAAUUUU